ACAGCGGAUUGUUAAAAUAUUGUAAUGAUUGGAAGCUGGUAAUUAAAGAACAGAAUCCUAUGUUACGAUCAAGUCAUGCAGUUGAAAUGAACAUUUGUUUCUUUAAAUAUGUGAAUUGAUUUUAUAUUAAAAAUAAAUGAACAAAAAACAAACAGCAGGACAACAAAUGUAUGAUAAACAGGAAGUCAUAAAAUAAAGGAUCACGACCACCACCACCUGACAGUAGUGAUACUGUCAGAUAUAAAAUGAUAAAUUGAUUCAUUUUACAUGUGAAUUCUCACAUGUCUCAUAAAGUUCACUGUUUUCAAUAGUUGACUGUGAGUUAAAGGCAACAUUAACCAUUUCAUUAUAACAAAAUGAAAGUUAAAACAAACAACAACAGACAAUAAUUUGUUUUUGUCGGUGUUGUCAGAACGUUGUUAAAUCUGGUUCUAUAGCCAAGUGUGACAAAGAUGAACAUGUGAACUGUUAGACAAGGGGCUGAAGGUCUGGAGAAGGAACAGACUGUGACGUGGUUUACAGCAGGACAAAGGUGGAACACUGACGACUUUAUGAUGAAGCAGCACAGAACCUACAGAACAGACACAGAGGAACCGAGAAGAGACACAGAAGAACCUUAGCCGGAGGAUGAGCAGAGAAAAAAGCCUAGAGUCCACGCUGCAGACCCUGCAGUGUCACUUCACCUGGGACCUGGACGUCAGCAGGUCCAAACUACUGCGGAUCAGAGACAAACUGCUGGACAUCGGGACGGAGGAGGGAUACAACUGGCUGGGACACAUCUACAACCUGCAGGGCUUUAUACACUUCCAACUGGGCUUCACCAAAGAUGCCAGGAUGUUCUUCGGCAGGUCCACGGAGGCCUUCCGUCAGAUCAGGAACACGGUGUCAGAUGAGGGUCCGUGGCUGCUGGUCAACUUGGCUAACUUGGCUUGGCUGAGCUAUCUCCAAGGAGAGGCAGCCCAGACUCAAGCGUGUCUGUCCAAGAUGGAGGUUCUCGUGAAGGACUAUCCAUCUCCAUCACCAGGUGACCUCCACCCAGAGAUCUAUGCUGAGAAAGGCUGGACCAUGAUGAAGUUCAGCAGAGAACACAAGCUCCUGGCUGCAGACUGUUUCCAGAGAGCCGUCAGGGUUCUGCCGGACCUGGUGGACUGGCAGAGCAGCUACGUCCUUGCUCUGGUCCAAGCCUUCAAACACUCUAACAAACACUUCAAGGCAGACAUUUUGGAUAAAAUGAAAAUAUGCAAGGAUCACGAUCCAACCAAUUUGUAUCUCGCCGCCGUCUUCCUGGAGGAACGUGCCAGCAGGUCACAGAACGUUGAAGAGGAAGCCCGGGCCCUGGCCAGGAAGGUUCUGACAAAACCCGUCAGCAGCUACAGUGGCAUCCAACCUUUGCUCAGGCUGUACAGCAUGUACGUGUCCAUGGAUGAGGCUAUCGACCUGGCAGAGGGCGCUCUAGAGAGGCAUCCAGGCGAACGUUAUUUGAAGAGAUGUGCUGCCAGCUGCUACAGAAGGAGAAUCCUUCUCCACAGGAACUCUCCUGCUGACCAGAGCAUGGUGGACAGAGGAAUCAGCCUCUACAAGGAAGUCAUUUCUCUCUACCCCGAGUCCUCGUUCAAAAGAAAAAUCUCUCUGGCCAACAUUUACGCUCAGUCCAGUCACAGCAGCGCUGCAGCUGAGAACAUUUUUGAAGAACUGCUUCAGAGUGAACUGGAGCCUAAAGAAGCCCAGGUUCUUUACAACAACUACGCCAAACAUUUACAUGUGAUCCAGAAAAAGACCCACAGGUCCAUAGAGUACCACAUGAGGGCAGCAGCGAUACCAGUGCAGUCCUUCUACAGAGUGAACAGUGUAGGGAUUCUGGAGAGGAUCAGAGACAGGAACAGAAACCGAAUGUGUGGUGAGAUCGCUGAGUUCCUGCUCCACCUGAGACUUUACUAGAUUUUUAUUGGCUGAGACGUCACUACUGUCUCUGUGACAUCACUGAUGUCUGGUAAAGAGUCUAGUAAAUUUCUUAAUCUAGUGUGUACCAAUAGAACCAUCUUUGUCCAUAAUGUGACCCACAUUCAUGGAGUCCAGAUGUCAGUUUAACAAUUAUUAACAAAGGUGUGUGUCAUACGUG